AUGGCACGUACCAAAGAAAAUGCCUCAAUUGGCAUCAUCGGUAUGGGUGACAUGGGCAAAAUGUAUGCCCAGCGCCUGAGCGAUGCUGGAUGGAGGAUAAACGCCUGUGAUAGACUUGAAAAUUAUGAAUCUUUACAACAUGAGUUUGCCUCUAAACAAGGAGUCACCAUAUUCCCGAAUGGCCAUCUGGUCUCCAGAAUUAGCGAUUUUAUUCUUUACAGUGUAGAAGCUGGUGUGAUCGACCGAGUCGUCUCAGAGUAUGGGCCAUGUAUGUUUCGGACCCGCUUAGCCCAAGCCAAACAAACCUUAGGACUUGUUAUCAUUCAACAUCGUGCAUCCGAUGAAAGCGUUCGAUUCGUCGAAGAAAUCCUCUCCUCGUUCGGUUCCAAACAUGUCUACCUCACCGGUGAGAUGCAUGAUCGUAUCACUGCCGAUACCCAGGCUGUUACGCACGCUGCUUUCCUGAGCAUGGGCACUGCAUGGCAGGCCAACCAACAAUUCCCUUGGGAGAUGUCGAGAUGGGUUGGUGGUAUUGAGAACGUGAAGAUCAACAUUACAUUGCGCAUCUAUGCAAACAAAUGGCAUGUUUACGCUGGUCUCGCUAUACUCAAUCCGGCCGCCAAAGAACAGAUUCGACAGUACUCUGAGUCCGUGACGGAUCUGUACAAACUGAUGAUUGGGGGACACCGCGAAGAACUGAAGCGCCGAGUGAAGGCUGCGUGUGCAUCUGUAUUCAAAGAGGGCACAGAAGGACAGGAUUUGUUGUUGAAGGACGAAGUACUAGAUCGGUUCUCUUUGUCAAACCGCUCUCGCGAAGCGUCACCCCCAAACAGCCACUUGAGCCUUCUUGCCAUCGUGGACUGCUGGUCUAAGCUCGGCAUCGUCCCCUAUGACCACAUGAUUUGUUCUACUCCGCUUUUCCGUCUCUGGCUGGGUGUGACAGAAUACUUGUUCCGGAACUCUGAGCUCCUAGAGGAAGCCCUGGAUACUGCCAUUGAUGAUAACACUUUCCGAUCAGAUGAUCUGGAAUUUACAUUUGCUGCACGAGCAUGGUCCGACUGUGUCUCCUUUGGAGAUUUCGAGUCUUACCGCGAUCGCUUCGAACGCAUUGCACAGUACUUCGCUCCUCGUUUCCCGGAAGCAGCUACGCUUGGAAACGAGAUGAUGAAGACAAUUCUGGAAAAGACCACGAACAACCCUUGA